AUGACUGGACAAAAUGUAGCGUUGUUAUGUCGAUGGGGAGGUGAAAUUUUGUGUAAUGGAUCAAAUGUGGAGUACAGUGGAGGGAAUAUGGACCUUAUAACACUUGAACCGAACAUGACUGUGACUGAUCUGAUGAAUGAGGUUCACAGUUGUAUUGGUUCAAACCCUAUGACUGUUGAACUGAACCUUAAAAUGAGGUGUGAUACUGGUCAUGGGGUGCAAGUGUUACCUGUCUCUACGAACAAACAUUUGAAAGGUUUGAGGAGCAUGGUAGGAAUGAAGGGUUUUCCCAAUGAGAUAUAUGUAGAAACAGUGCCUAUAUGUACCCAACAGUUUUGGGCCUUCGGUCCUUGUAUCGAUGGCUUUAAACAUUGUAUGCCUGUUAUCUGUAUCGAUGGGACGCACUUGUACGGGAAGUAUAAAGGAACACUGUUGGUUGCUACGAGUGUUGAUGCAAGCUUCCAAGUAUUUCCUAUUGCAUUUGCGGUGGUUGAAGGGGAAAACACUUCCAGCUGGUCUUGGUUCCUAGGUUGUAUUCGAGAUCGUGUCACGCAACGGGAUUGCCUUUGUGUUAUUUCUGAUCGGCAUCCUGGGAUCAUUGCAGCAAUGAAUGAUCCUAAUGUUGGAUUCACCCAGCCCCGAGCGUAUCACAGGUUUUGUGUCCGCCACAUAGCCUCUAACUUGAAGACUCACGUGCGAAGUAAUGACAUGAGAGACAUGUUCAAGGCCGCUGCGUACCAAAGGCAAGAAAGAAAACUUCAAGCUGAUCUGUGUUUCAUUGGUGAGGCCUGUCCCAAGGCCAUUGAGUACAUUGCUCAAGUCUCGUUCCCUAUGUGGUCUCUAUUUCACGACAGUGGUCGCAGGUAUGGUAUAUGUACUACUAACUUCUCGGAGACAUUCAACAAUGUGCUGAAAGGAGCUCGGUUUCUACCGAUUAUGUCCCUUGUCGAGUUAACCUUCCACAGAGUUAACAAGUAUUUCACUUUGAGAAGGGAGUCUUCUGAGGCUAGGUCUGAUCAGGGACUUCCAUACCCCCCAAAGGUCACUGCCAUCCUCGAGAAGAACACCGCUAAAGCCAGAUAUCAUAGAGUGGAUGCCUAUAACCGGCGAUUGCAUAUUUACCAAGUGACAACAGAGAUGGGAGAGAGAGUUGGUAAUAAAGGAGGCCACAAGCAUACGGUGAACUGGCAGUUGAGAACGUGUACGUGCAACAAACCGAAUAUAUUCCACCUCCCAUGUUCUCAUGUGCUAGCAGUCUGUGCUACAUACUCACUAUCAGAACGGCCUUGGGUGGACCCUCUGUUGCAGUCGGCCGCCUACAUGAACACCUAUGCACCACAAUUCUGGCCGAUCCCCUGCGAGACAACCUAG